AGUUCGCGAGGGGGGGAAGGUGAAAAAAAAAAAAAAAAAGCUAGCUGAAGUGAAGAUGGCGAGAGGCUCCCGGUGUUUGCGGAGAGCGGUAGCGGAGUGUAUUAAACAGUUACCGUUCACGGCUACUCGAGAAACACCGGGCAGGAAUGGAGUCAGAUAUCUGUCAUCGUGUGGGAUUCUGAUGACCAGGGUGCCUCCUCUCUUGCGGACCGUGUCUGGCCGUCAUGCGCUCAAUCCAACCAGAAGCUUUUUCAACCUCACCGAUUCCUUUAACAAGAGGAAAGAGUACUCUGAGAGACGCAUCAUUGGGUAUUCCAUGCAAGAAAUGUAUGACGUGGUGUCCAAGGUUGAAGACUAUCUUCACUUUGUGCCCUGGUGCAAGCGCUCAGAUGUAGUGUUCCGGCGUUCUGGUUUCUGUAAGGCCAAGCUAACAGUGGGCUUUCCUCCCGUGGUGGAGAAUUACACGUCUCUUGUUACGACAGUGCGCCCCCAUUUGGUGAAGGCUUCAUGUUCAGACGGUAAACUGUUUAAUCACCUGGAGACAGUGUGGCGCUUCAGUCCUGGCCUCCCUGGCUACCCCCGUACGUGCACCCUGGACUUUGCUAUUUCCUUCGAGUUCCGCUCCCUGCUGCAUUCUCAGUUGGCCACCGUGUUCUUCGAUGAAGUAGUUAAGCAGAUGGUGUCAGCGUUUGAACGACGGGCCUGCAAACUGUACGGCCCAGAGACACAGAUCCCACGCGAGCUGAUGUUCCAUGAGGUCCACCACACGUAGCGUCUCUCCACACGGAGGGGCUUCCAGGGCGGGAGGGCAUUAAGGGAAUUCUGGUAAAGGGUGCUUUUGGAGAGGGGUAGUUAACAGACACAACUUCACGUGCCUCAGUAUCUGCAGUGCCUGGUCCAAACUAAACCAUUUGAUUUUACAUUUUUAUCCUAAGUUAUUUUUGAGGCUGGAUCUAAUUUGGGGGCUUAACAUUUUGGGCGAGUUAAGCGUAUAGCUGCAUCACUCCAUCUCUAAUAACAUUUCAGAACUGCACUUUGAGCCAUACUGUUUAAUGGCAGCUGGACUAUGUGGAAGGUCUGUCAAGAGCUCAGUGAACAGAUGUUGGUUUUGUGAAUGGUGCAGAAGAGAUGGAGACGGUUAUUUGGCAUGUGUGGGAUUGGGAUUUCAGUAGGAUUGAACCGGGCUUGUUUUUCACAAGAGUCUAAGUUGCUUUUCCAAUCAUGUUAUAAGCUUUCGACAUGUGUGAUUUUUUUUUUUUUUUUUAAAUAAACA